GAUAGGAAGUAGAAGGGGAAGCUUAAUUGCCAGAGAGAGAGAGAGGGUUGUUCGGAAAUAUUCUCUUUAACUUUGAGUGGUAUUUUUAGUGUUUUUUUCAAGAAAGCCUCCAACAGAUCUCUGUGAGCAAGACGUCGUCAUUCUUGUGUUGUGUUUCAAAAGCUUAUUAGAAAGUAGUAUACUAUAAUUUGUGGUCUUGUUCUUGUGUGUUUUCGUCUAUCCUUAGUUUGGAAUAAUACGAAAUCAUCCAUCUGUUUGUAUUUGGAGAGCUUGUUUGUUUUACUCUCCUUCUCCCAAAUUACACUUAAUCAAAUGAUGUCUGCUGAUGUGUUUUCUCCCCAAAUAAACCCUAACUCCAAACCCCCUUCUGCUAAAAAGCGAAGAAAUCUCCCCGGCACACCAGAUCCAGAUGCAGAAGUCAUCGCACUGUCGCCAAAGACGCUUAUGGCGACCAACAGAUUCAUCUGCGAAAUCUGCAACAAAGGCUUCCAACGAGACCAGAAUCUGCAGCUGCACAGGAGAGGCCACAAUUUGCCAUGGAAGCUGAAGCAAAGAGCUAACAAGGACCAGAUCAAGAAGAAGGUGUACAUCUGUCCGGAGAAGAGCUGCGUCCACCACGAGCCGGGCCGGGCCCUGGGCGACCUCACCGGGAUCAAGAAGCACUUCAGCCGCAAGCACGGCGAGAAGAAGUGGAAGUGCGAGAAAUGCUCUAAGAAAUACGCAGUGCAGUCAGAUUGGAAGGCUCACUCCAAGACCUGCGGCACCAGAGAGUACAAAUGCGACUGCGGAACUCUCUUUUCCAGAAAGGACAGUUUCAUCACGCACCGCGCUUUCUGCGACGCCCUGGCGGACGAGAGCGCUAGGGUUGUUGUAACCCCCAACAAUUUGAACGAUUUAUGUGGAAAUUUGAUGAAUGGCGGAAUUCAGAAUUUCGGAAAUCCGAAUCAGCAGAAGCCGAGGCUGUCGCUUUGGUUGGAUCAGGCCAACUCUGAUCACAAUUCAAACAUGUUCAUGCCUUCAUCAAACGACAUCGUUCAGAUGGCGUCCAACAACCUCUUCGCCUCCAAUCCAUCCAUGCUUAACUAUUCAAAUCUAUCCUUAUCCCCGCUGCAAGGGAUGAUGAAGGAGGAGGCCGAGACCCCGACCACGAUGCCGGACUCUCUCGCUUCACUCUACUCCCACAGCCACAACUCCGCCACGGCUCUACUGCAGAAAGCAGCUCAGAUGGGGUCCACAAAGAGCAGCCUAGCAUUCUUUGGCAACACGGCCGGGCUGAUGACGACCUCGUCCGCCAACAGAAGUGAGCUGCAUCAGGUGUUUGAGAAUCCCGCGGCCAAUAAUAUCAUGAAUUUCAGCAACAGUCUCGGUGGCGCCGCUAAUUCGGUGAGCUUGCAUGGUUUCACGAGGGAUUUUCUCGGCAUGGGCGGAGACGGCGCUGGGCCGUUUCUGCCACAGGAGCUGGCUAAGUUCGCUUCGAUCACUCACUUCACUACCAAUCACUAGCCUUUUUCUUUUCUUUUUCUUCAUCUCUUCCUUUCUUUUUGUUUCUUUUCAUUUUUUUGUAUGUGGCAUAUAUAAAAUAAGCAUAUUGUUGGAGGCCUAAA